AAAUUUAUGCUCGGUAAUGGAGUUAUUUUUAUUUUCAUGAAAAAAGUUGGUUACCGUGACUGAACCACAUAAAUUUUCAAAAAGAAUUUCUCUGCUUCUGUUAUCAAAUUUAUUUUAAAUUCCGAUCAGAUUUAUCAAUAUUAUUUCCUCUUCCGAAAUCAAUUUACAAAUCAAUUACUCUUUCACAAAAAAACAAAAUUCUGUUAGCAUGAGUAAAUGAACAAAAUGAACCCUUUAAAAAACAGUUUACCUUAUCAAAAAAAUAAAAUAAAAAACAGUUUACAUGUAUUAAUCGUUGUUACUGGUUAGCAGUUGAUUUGAUUAAUAAUUCUGGGUUUGUAAUUGUGUGAGGGAAAUAGAGUUUAUUGGGUAGGUAAGCAAUUGGAGAGCAGUAGGUAACCUAGUUGUUUAUUCAUCUUCUGCAAAUUCCUCAUUUUUGAUGGAGCACGAGGAGAGAGAAAAUGAGAGCAAAAAGAUCUUGAGUUCAUCAAUGGAGGAUCAAAACUGGAGGGUUGUUGAGAUUGGAGAAAAUUCCACUUCUAAUUCUGAUUUUGAGUCUUCUGAUCAUAAUUCUAUCUGGGCUCUUGAUAUUGGAGGUACCCUUAUUAAGUUGGUAUAUUUUUCUAGAGAAGAUAGCUCUUUGGAUAACAACACUGGAAACAAUGUCCAAGGAGAGGAGACUGUAAAGGUUACUGGUUCACGUAAUUAUCCAAUUCUCAACGGCAAGCUUCAUUUUGCGAAGUUUGAGACGUCCAAAAUCAACGAGUGCUUAGACUUCAUUGAGUCUAGGCAACUUCAUGGCAGCUCUUGCAGGAACCAAGAGGAGGGUUUAGAAAAAAAUAAUGCAGUAAUCAAGGCUACUGGUGGUGGGGCCUACAAAUAUGCUGAUCUCUUUAAAGAGAAGCUUGGUGUUAUACUUGACAAGGAAGAUGAGAUGGACUGUCUAGUGGCUGGUGCGAAUUUUUUGUUGAAGGCUGUACCUCAGGAAGCUUUCACAUACAUGGAAGGUCGAAAAGAAUUUGUGCAGAUUGAUGGUAAUGAUUUAUAUCCCUAUCUACUCGUCAACAUUGGCUCUGGCGUCAGUAUGAUUAAGGUUGAUGGAGAUGGAAAGUUUAAUCGAGUUAGUGGAACAAGUGCAGGCGGUGGCACCUUUUGGGGCAUGGGAAAGAUUUUAACAAAAUGUCAAAGCUUCGAUGACUUGCUGGAGUUGAGCCAACAGGGAAAUAAUAGAUCUAUUGACAUGCUUGUUAGAGACAUUUAUGGAGGUCAUGACUAUUCUAAGAUUGGCCUGUCAGCAACAACAAUUGCAUCCAGCUUUGGCAAGCCAGUUUCUGAAAACAAAGAGCUUGAGGACUACAAACCCGAGGAUAUUUCCCGAUCCUUACUGCGGCUUAUAUCGAACAACAUUGCACAGAUUGCCUACUUAAUUGCAGAAAUAUAUGGACUAAAACGGAUUAUUUUUGGAGGAUUUUUCAUUCGCGGCCAUGAAUAUACCAUGGACACUAUAUCCGUUGGAGUUCAAUUCUGGUCAAAAGGUGAAAAGAAGGCCAUGUUUCUAAGACAUGAAGGGUUUUUGGGCGCAUUGGGCGCCUUCAAGAGCUAUGAGAAGCAUGGCCUAGCUAACUUAAUGGGCCACCAUUUAGCCGAGCAGUCAGCUGUAGUGUCACCACGUCCUCGUACAGAACAAAAGCUUACCGAUCCUUCGUUUGGUGAAUCAGUUGAUGCGGAAAGUAUCGAUUGCAGUGUUCUCAGUAUAGAUACCAUGAAUAUAACCUGAACUUGGUUUUCCGGCACCAUAUAUGACAUCUUUCAGUUUGCCGUCUAGUUUACGUAGCAGUCGUCUUUUGUUCUAAAAAAGAAAGUCGGAAAAUAGAUUAAUUUGCUAUCGAACCAUGUAAUUCAUCCUGUUGUUGUAACAUCAUUUUGUACAUAGAAAAUUUACAUGAACUUGUGAUCUAUAUUGUUCAAUUACAUAAAAUCAAAACUAAGGGAAGAUCAUUGCCUUUUUCUUUUC